ACGACAGUGUUUUGCAAGUUAACCUUAUCCUCCAAUUCCAUCAAAAACGUACACAAGGUUCAGGCAGACACCAACGUUGUUAAAACCCAGAUUAAACCCUCCAUUUUCUCUCCCUCUCUUUCUAUCUCUCUCUGCUCCAAUUCACAGAUAACAAUGCAAAUUUCUCUUAGCAAUUUAGCUUUCAAGACCCCUCAACUCUUCCCAAUUCAGCACCCCAUUUUCCCUCCAAAGGCACCACUGUACCACCACCAAGUUUCAACGCAGAGCCAUGUCAACAAUGUCCUGAAAGGGUCGUCGGGGUAUUUGUCAGAAAUCAGCAAAGCGAUUGAUCACGAAGAACAGUACCGGUUAGCCCGGUCGCAGGUUAACCGGAAAGUUUUGGACUUGGAAGGUUAUUCCAUAGAGGGUCUUUCAGUUGGAGGCCAAGAGACAUGUAUCAUAAUCCCUGAGUUCAAGUGCACUUUUGACAUUGGGAGGUGCCCUAGUAGGGCUAUUCAACAAAACUUCCUUUUUAUUACUCAUGCUCAUCUUGAUCACAUUGGAGGGCUGCCAAUGUAUGUAGCUAGCCGUGGUUUGUUCAAUUUGAAACCUCCCACUGUGUUUGUACCUCCUUGCAUCAAAGAGGAUGUUGAGAAGCUGCUUGAUAUUCACAGAACAAUGGGCCAAGUUGAAUUGAACGCUGAAGUGGUCGCUUUGGAUGUGGGGGAGACGUAUGAGAUACGGAAUAACCUUGUUGUCCGACCAUUCAGAACACAACAUGUUAUACCCAGCCAGGGUUAUGUAGUCUACUCAAUCAGGAAGAAGUUGAGGAAACAGUAUGCCCACCUGAAUGGGAAACAAAUUGAGAAAUUGAAAAAGUCAGGCAUUGAGAUUACAGACAUGAUAUUGUCGCCUGAGGUGGCCUUCACUGGUGAUACAACAUCAGAUUUUAUGCUUGACCCAUGUAAUGCUGAUGCAUUGAGAGCAAAAAUUCUUAUAACUGAGGCAACUUUCCUAGAUGAUUCAUUCAGCAUUGAUCAUGCUCGGCAACAUGGUCAUACACAUUUAUUUGAGAUCAUUGCAAAUGCACAGUGGAUUCGCAACAAAGCAGUUCUGUUGACUCAUUUUUCACCAAGAUAUACUAUAGAGGAUAUUCGUCAAGCUGCAUCAAAAUUGCAGUCCAGGUUGUCUGCUAAAGUGGUUCCUCUCACAGAAGGCUUCAAAUCUAUGUACUCUUAAGUGUUAAAAAAAUGUCACUAGUUGUAUCUCCGUUUCAUUUUUUUUUAUGCAUUGUAUCUCCGUUUCAUAGUUUCUUGUAAAUUAGGUAUAUUUGUUUUCAGUUUUUUUUUUAUUAAUUAACUUGUAAGCUUUCCAUACAUUACUAAGAAACGAAGUAGCACGAAUGAGUAGUCAGUACCCUUAUGUAACUUACAAUUUAGUAAAGCCUUAAAAAUUAUGUUUCGCCCAACAUUAAAAUCUGCUUCAUA